GUGCAGCCAAUAUCGAUUUCAGCGCCUGCGCCAAGACAUAACACAGACAUCACACACAUAACACGAGCGAAAAGUAUCGACGAGAGACAAGGUUUUUUCUCAAACCGCGAGCUUCUUUCAUCAUUUGCUAACACAUGUUACCUCAUUGCCUGUUACCUCUCCAUUUUACCAGUCGGUCUAUAGUAGGGGUGGGGAGAAAGAGACCAGAAGAGACCAAGAGAGACAGAAAAGGGAAAAGAGAAAAGAGAAAAGAACCCGUGAAAAUGUAUCCAUCUGGCGCACCCAGAGAAUCUGCAAAGUGUUACUGCUAUUCGUCAAGCGCUUUUCUUUAUUUGCAUCUUCUUCUAUCCAGUUACCGUUGCGAUGUGUGCUCUUGAUCAUAUCGUAUCAUAUCACAUCACAUCACCACCAAAACAUAACAGCAAUCUAUCACGAGGCAGCAUCAGCUUUCUUUACUCUCUACUACUCUUGCAUCAGCAGUAGACUUUUGGUUUCGGUUUUGAUUUCCAUCUGAUCUUGCCAUUCCUGUUACUCUUCCGCAAAUUCGCUUUUACGAUUAUCUCGUGGGGAAAAAAAGAAAGGGAAGAAGAUAAUUCUUCGACGAUUCCAUUGCUGUAUAUCAAUUGCUCUUCUCUACUUACCAGAUACCCUCACAAUCACCCUGUCGUAAUCCGAUACCAGCAUUCACUCCUCAGAGCCAUUUGUUGAUGAGAGCUGCGCCGAAAAGCUCAAAUGUGUCAAGCACGCCACUGACCCUGUACUUUAAUAAUUGAUCAUCUAUCACAUUUGAAUUCAGGUACAAUCUCGAAAUGAAUUUCAAGGAGAAGGAGAAACAUGGCCGCUCGGAACCAGCACGGAGAAACACACUUGAGCGUAUGCUCGAGUUAGAGAAUAGAAACAAGCUGCAGCGCAUGCAAGCCUCGACAGCGACAGUCAGUCAACCGCUGCGUAAUACCUUUUUUCGCGAAAGACGCCCGAGCAAUUCUUAUGUAUAUGCCAACUCUCCCGAACGUCCUGUCCAAUUCAGACAACCAGAUCGAGCAAUGACUACUCCAAUAUUAUCCGUUGCGGUGCCUCCUGCGCAGGCUUUCGAAACCCCCAAAACAGCACCCAAACCAUCCAAAAAGGUAUUUGUAGUUGAGCCGGCGAAGGAAAUUCCCCCGCAACUUGUUGCAGAUGUAGAUGCAGGCGAUUCUGAUGCAUCCUCAAUAUGUCGGUCCCCGGCUUGGGAUGGUGGUGAAGGCAAGCGAAAAAGAAUGGCAAAGAAAGAAGCUCAAGACAUGCGCAAGAAGGAAGAAGAGAGAUUGAGAAAAGAGAAAGAAAAGGCCGAGAGGGAGACCCGAGCCGCGGCACAGAAACAAAAGGGUCGAUUGAGCAAGGCGCCUCCAACCAACAAGCGCCUAAGUAAAACGAUACCCACAGCUCCAGUAGGCCGAGCCAACUCUGAACCUGCAGCACAAGCUGCGCCGGAAAUAAUACAAUUGAGUCCUGAUCCCGAUGAUGGUAGACGAUCAAGGCGAACGAGUUUGGAUCUUGGUCUCAAGAAACUUAUGUCUUCUUUCAGAUCCAGAUCCAGGUCCACAAGCAUUUCCGCGGACGCAACCCCAAGAAAUCGAUCAUCCUCGAUUUCUCCAACCUCGACUGGAUUCAUUGGAGGCUUAAAAUUGCAACAAUCGAGCGAAGCUGCGGCCCAAAACGAACUUCGAGACGGAAAAUCGUCAAAUUACAGACCAGCUGGUCACAGUAACAAACCUAGUCACAGUCGGCCACCUAUAUCGCUCGAGAAUUCUCGAUAUCGCACAUUGGAUUUGUUGGCUCCUUCUGGAGCCAGUGCACCCGCGGUCGAACUGCCAACAAAAUCCCAAAGUGAGGACUCUUAUAACCCCCAUACUCCGAAAGAACCGGAAGCCGGUGAACAGCCCGCUAGUGUUCUAGAACCAAUCAUGAAUAGAAACCCUCGAGCCCAAAAACCGAGCGAACAUUUGAGAUUGGAUCACGUUACAGAUUCAACGGUGAAUUAUAAGGCUAGUCAUAAGCCUCAAUCGCCUCUUGUUGCUCCGCCAUCUCCAGGUUUUAGAUUUGGCUUGGAAAAAAACCCGCCAUCAACUCAAGAAGUACAAGAACCUCUGUAUUCUCAGAAUUUUGAUAUAUCUCCUGAAGAUACCAACUCUGAAAAUAACGAAUAUUUUCCAAAGCAAAAACGGCACGACAACCAAGGAGAUCUAAGCAGCCCAACCCAUGAUAUCAAAUUCGACUCCGCUCCGAUACAGGAAGUUAUGAGAAGAACACCGUCAAUUCAUAAUGCGGCUGGACGUAGUGGGUCGGUUUCUCGAGCUGGAGAAAAUGCGGAAGUAGUGGAGAAUGAGGAAGAUUUUCGGGCAUUCAUACACAGUGAAGGCGCUCCUCCAGAUUUCAGGCUCACUGCGCAACCUUCCCAGAGCAGUAUUCAACCAGAAGAGGGUAUGUUCUCUAGGCGUGAUUUGCAAGCACCAUCUUUCUAUCCCAGCCCAUUAUCGCUCCAACCCAAAGGAGCCAAGGGUGGUACAGCGAAUGUAAGUCACAGAUAUUCGUCUGCCCCAGAUUCACCUUCUCUACAAACUUCUCAUUUGGAUGAGCCUCUUAAAAAGUUACGUCCUCAAUCUACCUUUUCGCCACGUGCCACUGGCUUCGACAGCAGAUCUGCACUACCAAGCCAAUCUGCUCGGAGAGUAUCAGAACCCGAAUACUUAUCCCCCAUCGCUUUGUCGCCUCUAGAGAUCAGUCCUGUGCCACAGCAGAAACUCUCUCCCCAAACGGCCAACCCAACUUCACCUCGUCGCCAGAAGGACCGCAGAUCCAGCUCUAGAUCUUACACAGGAUCAAGUGAGGAAUAUCUAAGUUUCGAUGAGCAGUCCAGUAUCACAACUCCAGCAGUUUCAAGACCACAAUCACAGAAGGGACCUAUUGCAUCUAGUCAUGACCCCGCAUCUCGCAAGUAUCACAAAGUCCAAGAUUCUUGGAAUCAAACUCCGAUUCCGCUCCAAAUCAAAGAUUACAAAGGCAAUACUUAUACGCUAAGUGGCCGGGACACUUCUACUUCGCAACCUGCAAAUCUUCAUGUGUCUCUAUCUUCUGCAGAUCCCGACACGGAUGAAGGAGUUGCAGAUCUUCAACGGAGGCUUAGUCUGACUAAGUCGUCAUCAACUACUGCACUGCAACAUACUUUGAAUUUUCUACCAGAGCUCAAACAUCAACCGUUGCGUCCACGACAAGGUCCCGGACAACGACAAAGCAGUGAGGGGAAGAAUGUACUUGGGAAGGGAGAUGGAAAUGGACAUGGGCACGGGGGAAAGUUAAGACGAGAAUCGGCAUCUGCCUCUGCCUACGCGCAAUACAACGAUUCCAAAAACUCACUCAUGUCAUCUUCUGCUUUCAACGGAGGCGAAUCAUCUAAUUCUAACGGCAACUCCAGCUCUUCUGAAAAAGAUAAUAACGAUAGCAGCCAAUAUCUUCGAUCGGCCCGUCUCGCGAUCCCACCCAAGAAAGGCCCUCGCUUUUCCAACCAACUGGCAGCCUCUUCGGCACAAAGUCUUCACAGCAAUGGACAAGGCGGAAUUGAACCAAUGGCAAAAAUGUUUGUUAUUUGUUGUGGAUGCAACUAUUUCCACGAUAUGCCGAGUAAACUCUAUGAGUGUAUGGCAAAACCGGAAGCGGUAGUUAAAGAUGAGGGAUUGGGGGUUAGUGGGGUGGUCAGCACGAGGGUCAGUUGUCCUUGGUGUGGACACGGGAUGAGUACGAGAUGUUGUGAGGGGUGGGCGGCGGUAGUGAUGCUGAAGGAAAGGAUGCAUUAGGAGCUAUGGAAGGAUGAAUGGGCGAAAUUGGUGGAUGGAAGGUGGGAGUUAAUAUGUUAAGUUUUAUGGGAGUGAAAUUCAGUAUAGGGUUGGAUGGUAGACCAUGGUUUAAGGAUGAACGAAGGACUUGGGUCUGCUUCAAAGUUUGGGUUGGAGAUGUAGCUCGGUUGGGCUUUGGCAUGGUAGUAGGGAAGCAUUAGACGCAUAAUAUGGUAUGAUAUGAUAUGACAUGACAGACGGCAUUGCAAGGAUAGAUGGACAUUGAAGGUGGGAAGGAAAUUCACAUGAUUAAUUAAAUGAAAGGAUAAAAUGGGACCAAAAAUUUACGAUAAUGAGACGCAUAUAGGCGGGGAUAUAAUUGGGCAAUGGGUUUUUGGUUGUAUGCAUUUUUUGUAUAUGGAUGGAGAGGAGGUUUUAGGGAGGAUCUGAAAGAGAUUGAGGUGAUUGAGGUGAUCGAGGUGGUUAUGCUUUGUUUGGCUGUGGUUGGACUUGAGAUUGGGGUUUCUUGUGAGAUGCGAGAUACGAGGAAAUUGGUACUUAGGUAGAAGUGGAAUGGGCAGAUGGAUGAAUGAAUGAAUGAACGAAUGAACCAAUUAUAACCUUAUAGAUAGAUUGAUAAAGGGAUGAAUGAAUGACUUGUGGUUGUGAUUGUGAUAUGAGUACAGUUGUCAUGGAUAUCUGAGAGAUUUGAAAAAAUAUAGGAGGUGUAAUCA